GUGUGUGACUUGUCCCAUGAUAUUAUUAUUAUUAUUAUUAUUAUUGUAUGAAGUUUCCAUGUGGUAAAAUAUUGAUUGACGAAUUAAGAAAACCAUGUCAUCGAUACGCUUGCAACAAGUAGCACGCAAAUAAAAAGUGAAAGAAAAUCAAUUGAAACAAUUAAUUUGAGCACUGCACGACAGUUGAAAGUAAGAUUUCUUUAUAUCGUCCGUAAUCAGUCGACAUACAUCAUAAGACCCAAUUCAUUCUCCCGCAUAAAUAAUUUAAUUGUCUUGUAAACGAUUGUUCCUGUAUCUAAAUGUGCCAUCGCAGAUAGCUCACAGAAAGCGGAUACAUAACUGUAGAUUUUUAAACAAUAUAAAUGUUCUGAGAUUUAGAAGAUUAAUAGAACAUAUGGUAUGUUAAACGCUUCGGUAGUAAAGUACAAUGCAACGCUUUUUCAAAUACAACUUGCGCCCCUUUCAAUAUGUUACUGUCACAGAUUAUGGUGAGUCUUAGCUCGUUCAACGCCCUCGGCCGAGCUACGAGAGAAACGAAGACGCUUAUAUAUGACUGCCCUUGUAAAUAAUUCACAAUCACUAGUGCUAAGAGUUAAAGUGACAUGAAUUGGAAUUUGAGAAAAUCUUUGUCAAAAUAUUGAUCUAAAUGAAAGAUAGAACUUUUAGUAAAAUCUCAUGAACUUGAAAAUCUCAUGUCAAAAGACGAAAAACAGAUAUUUUGUCUGCUGAUUGCUCAUUUAAAACUAAUAUAAAAUGUAAUUUAUACUAAUUAGUAGCCGAGUUAACAGGAAGUCUCUAUUAACAACAAAGUCAUGUCUAAAAUGCCUCCUCCUUCAAUCCUUCAAUUGUUAACAAUCGCAAACUCUAUUUCGUAAUAGUUGUUAGGGAUAAAUUAUAGUAGCUAUAGAUUGUCUCAAAUUGCUUUCAUAUCCGCCGCCGUAACCGCGAUAUUGACCGCAAAUUGUCGAUCAACCCGGCUAGAUACACUACUGGCACCGCACUCCUAGCGUGUCUAGUCCUCGGACACCUUCGUAUUUUAUUAUUAGAUCGCUGUGCAUUAGAUACAAGUUCUAUGAACCUGAGUUUAUUACGCAAUAGAAAUACCUGUGUGAUAAAACACUACGAUGACCUACGUUAAGGAUCCUGGCACGCCAAGAUGUGGCGUGCGACAUUGCUGCUGUGGCUGACGUCACUAACCAUCGGCCAACAAGUCCAGCCUAACAGAGUGGUCAGUUUGUCCACUGUAUGCGACAAGGCUUCCAUGACUGUUCACAUAGAAAUGGCGCAGCCGUUCAAGGGUCUCAUCUUUAGUAAAGACUUUUCGAGGGAGUGUAGAGUUCAAGGAAGUUUACAGAACAAGAUAACUCUACACCUCCCGUCGAACGCUUGCGGCGUGAGAACGUCUACUAUGAACACCACAGCGGAGGAGCCUGAUGAUGAGGACGAUCUCUAUUAUAACGUCGAGCUGAUUGUGCAGAUGGACAGGCAGCUGCAGCAGUCCUCAGACCAAGAACUUUUAGUCAGAUGCAAAUUACAACCUCGUGCGGUCCGCAUUAACAGUUCGGCGCUAGAGACGGUAAUCAACAAUAAAUUACGAGAAAUGACCACGAGAGAGGCAAAGAAAGCUAGAACCGGGCGUAACCGUCAAGGGUUUGCGAACGCAGCAGAGCUAGAGCAACGCGAGUGGCUGGUGGCGGCGGCGCGCGCCUGGAUGGAGCUGGCGCCCGCCGCGCCCGCGCCCGAGCCCGCCACCGUCGAGGUGGGGCAGCCCACCAGACUGCUCAUACAGUGCACGCUGCCUGUUGGCGUUGGACUCCGAGUAACAAACUGUGUCGCCCACGACGGCUUAGGCGAGGCAUCGCAGAAACUUUUAGACGAAGCCGGCUGCCCCAUCGACGAGACCAUCUUCAACAAGCCCUCGCUACACCACCACAAACACAAAGGCGCCGAAAUCGACUUCUCAGACUUAGAACCAGUUGACACGCAGAAAAACAUCAACGAAAAGACUAACAUCAAACUGGAAAAGUCCGAUCCUGAUAACAUGUUCAAGAAUAUAAUGACCUACCAACAUGCUAUCACGACGUUUGCUGCAUUCAAAUUCCCUGAUAGAGCGAAACUGCAUUUAACCUGUGGUAUCGAGCUGUGCAAAGGCCAAUGCCCACCGGUUGAUUGCAAAGCUCUUCAAAAACCUCAGCAAACCAGAGACGGAUUACUCAGAAAGGCUCGGCUAGACAAAGACGCUAAGGGCAUUGUGAUUGAUAGACUAGAAGUUUAUAACAGUAUAGAGGUUCACGCGCCGAAUAUAGAGCUGGAAGAUGAAGCUUCAAUAAGAGGUUCAAGAAGAAUAGAAUCAGAAGAAGACGCCUUCGUUCGGGGAUUCUCACCGGGAGAUAAAACGAUUUGUUUGUCACCAGGAAAAAUGGCCCUUGCGUUUUGCGUACUAGGCAUCAUAUUCCUGUGCGCUAUUGCAGUAGCAUUCAUUUCCUUAGUGCGAGCGAGACGCCGCCUAGGACGCGAACCAUUGCAUACAUCGCUAUCUUUCUACACCGGUAGCAAGAGUAUGUUCUCUUCGAGUGAAAGUUCGAGCUCGGGGCUAAGUGGUAGCAAACUGCUUCUCACUGAUAGUCCAUAUUUAGAUCACCAUUCUUCCUCCAGCCAUAAUUGGCCAUAUUCUAGGGCAUUUUGACAAGAAACCGGGCGACGAGACAUUUCAUCGAGUUAAAGUUAUAUGAACCUACAGUAGAACUGAAAAUUAAAGACUUAUCUCAAAAAGGGUCAGUUUAUCACUGAGGAAAUUUUAAAUACUACACGACCUUAGCUUGUUUUCAUUUAUAUAGAGAAGUGUAACCGACCCUUAUAGAAAGUUCAAAUCAUUAAUUUUGAUACCCUAAAAAGGUUGUGAAGGUUGAGGCCAUUUUAUGAACUUUUAUAACUACUAUUUUAUUCUCCUGUCAAAAAGUUAUAUUUUGCCUUGUUUAAAAUGGUAUUCAUGAACUCCCUCUUUUAAACAGAGCAGAAUAUUUUUCAGAAUUGAAACAACUACUUGAAAAAUAAGACGACAAACAAACUUAUAUACCCAUCGGUUGUAUAUCUUGACAACUUGGCCAUAAAUUAUUAUAAAACUUAAUUUUCACAUAAUAGCUUUGUUGAUAGACAGCUAGGAACUUUUUCCGAUCAAAAUAAACUUAUUUGUUAAUUUUUCAACCUACCCACACAAUGAGUUACGCCUUAAUUAAUAAAAAAAGAGGCUUUCCCUCCAAAGUCGAGAAAAGGAAAUUUUAUAUUUGCCUUUGUGAAGUAUUUUAGUACUUAAUUGUUUGAAGACUGUACUUCAAAGUACCUCCCAAAGCUUGUCUAUUUCUAGCUUCAUAGCUUGUAAUGUGCUAUUUAUUUUUAGUUUUAGUUUUAUGAUCGACGGUUAUUGUCGUUUGAGGUGGUGCUUUUGAUUUUAAUUGGUUUUGUAUCUAUCCAAUGGUCCAAGCCAAUACAUAUUAUUAUUAAUGUAGUAUUGUAGAGUUCUUUCACCCAAAUUUUAAAAUAUAUUUAAAUUACUGUUCAACGACAGUAACGCUAUUGUAUGUAACGUAACGUAAUUUAAUUAUCUCAUUAUUUUUCGACCAUGUCUCCUAUAUUUUUUUAUAUUGAUACAAUUCUUACAAUGAAAAACUCAUUAGCGCUUCCUCGAAAAUUAGAUUUUAGAUUUAGUCCUAUUUUUUAGAACAUUCGAAACGAUGAAUGUGUUAUUGUGAUGUAUUUAACAUGGACGUUUGAAUCAAAAUUUUAUACGUUUUUACAUUUCGUAAUAAAAUAAGUGAAACAUA